AUGAUGCUUGUCCGCAGUGCCCUCUUUUUUGAACUGAUCCUCUGUUCAGUCUGCAGAAUUCAUGCGGGUCCCAAGUCCUUGAAUUUUCUGCUCUUUAGGAAGAUUGUCACUGGAUACAACACCAAGUACAUGUCGCUCUAUGAGGCAACGGUCAGCCAGGACUUCACCACGGUCAACUUCACCUUAAACUUUGCGCGGGACAUCUCAGCGGACAUAUGGCUGAAGUCCACGAUUGGGCAGCGGGUGUCCAAAAGAGGAAACACCUACAGGGACGUCUUCACAUACGACAUCAAUCUGUGCAGGGUAAUGGGAAGGGGCAAGGGCAACAGUCUGAUCGAUUUCUGGAUGAACAAUGUCCUAAGAGAGUCAAAUAUUCCUCGUGGCUGCCCAAUCAAGGAGGGCAACUACUACAUGCGCAACAUUCGAUCGGAAAAGGAGACCAUUCCACGGUUCAUUCGCUCGGGCAGCUUCCGGAUAGACGCCUUUGUCUAUGUGAGAGAUUGGCACAACGCCAACUUGACAGACACCAUAUUCUACGUCGACAUCAAUAUGAAGUGA